GGGAGGGAGGCAGAGAGAGCGCGAGAGCGAGAGAGAGGAGGCCGGGGAUAAAGCACGGAGAAAGCCUGGAUCGGUUCCGCUGUGCGUGUGCAGAUGUGUACCGUAUACAAGGCAACGGCGCGUGAACUUGAGGAGUUUUAUUUGGUUCAAGACAAACCGGACAUCUCCUCCGGAGAGGACUGAAGGGGGACUCACCUGGUUGCUACGGAGACAGUUAUAAUAUUUUAAUCGGUUACCAAGCAUCGCCAUGCCGUCCAACACUACCACACUGCCACCAUCAGAGGACCCCACUACACACAUGAGUGAAGACAGAGCGGCCCAUGUGGGCCCAGAGGAGGGGAGUUUAGCCAGCCCACCCGCACUCUGCAGAGUUGAUAGACCCAACAGACAACACAACCACACUCUUUCUGACUCGUGUGAGAUGGCACCCCCCACACCCCCAGAGGAAGUUGACCCUUCCCCUCGCAGGAAACGUGGCAGGCGGAAAAUGGAGCCUCUGGAGCCGAAGGACCCCAACAUGGAGGGGGAAGGCAGCAGGCUGCGCAGAAGGCCGGUUCCCAGAGAGACCUUUCAGGCUGGAGAUCCUUUUUACAUCAGCAGGAGACAGAGAGACAAGUGGAUCAACUGCUGGAGUAGAGAGGCUGAGAUGCGGGCCCACCAAGAGGAGGUGAUGAGCGUGAUGGAGAACCUAUCAGAGCCAGAGUUUCAGAAGGAGGAGGAGCCAGCAGCCAGUUUAGCCACUCCCACACCCCAGCAACACACUGACCCCGCCUCUCCCACCAUCGCCAUGACGCCAGAGCCUGUUGCCAGGGGCCACCGGGCCACACCCAGAGAUUCAGAGUACAAGGAUGGUAGAGGGUUUGGUUUGGGCUGUCUGGUGUUCGGGAAGCUGCGUGGGUUCUCCUGGUGGCCUGGGCGCAUCGUCUCCUGGGUGAUGAGUGGGAGGAGCCGUGCAGCAGAGGGAACACGAUGGGUCAUGUGGUUCGGAGACGGGAAGUUCUCUGUGGUGUGUGUAGAGAAGUUGAUGCCGCUGAGCUCCUUCUCCUCAGCCUUCCACCAGCCCACCUACAACAAACAGCCCAUGUACAGGAGGGCCAUAUAUGAGGCACUACAGGUGGCGAGCAAGCGUGCCGGCAGGCCUCUCCCCUCUUGUGAUGGUGGUGAUGAUGCAGAGGGUGGGGGGGCGGAGCUACAGAAGCAGAACAGGAAGUUGAUAGAAUGGGCCAUGACAGGCUUCCUGCCCAGCGGACCUCAGAGUCUGGACCCCCCUGAUGAGGAGAGACACCCAUAUAAGGACGUGUAUCCUGAGAUGUGGGUGGAGCCAGAGGAAGCUUACACCCCGCCCCCUCCGACCAAGAGGCCCCGCAAGAACGUUGCUGAGAAACCCAAGAUCAGAGAGGUCAUCGAUGAGGGGACUAGAGAGAGACUCAUCCAAGAGAUCAGACAGAAGACCAGGAACAUGGAAGAUAUCUGUAUCUCCUGUGGUAGCCUCAACGUCUCUCUGGAACACCCUCUCUUCAUCGGAGCCAUGUGUCAGAGCUGCAAGAACUGUUUCUUGGAGUGUGCGUACCAAUACGAUGAUGAUGGAUACCAGUCGUACUGCACUAUCUGCUGUGGAGGACGGGAGGUCUUGAUGUGUGGAAACAACAACUGCUGCAGGUGUUUCUGUGUGGAGUGUGUGGAUCUUUUGGUGGGUUUGGGUUCGGCGUCAGCUGCGAUCAGAGAGGACCCCUGGAACUGCUACAUGUGUGAAACACACAACACACACGGGUUACUACGACGACGCGACGACUGGCCGUCACGACUACAGGUGUUCUUCGCUAACAACCAUGAACAGGAAUUUGAGGCAGCCAGGUUGUACCCUCCAGUAGCAGCUGAGAGGAGACAGCCAAUCAGAGUCCUCUCUCUAUUCGACGGUAUCGCCACAGGUCUGUUGGUGCUCAGGGACCUAGGUAUUCAGGUGGACAGGUACGUGGCUUCAGAGGUGUGUGAGGAUUCUAUCACCGUGGGGAUCGUACGUCACCAUGGUUCCAUCAUGUAUGUUGGAGACGUACGCAACGUCACGCGCAAACACAUCCAGGACUGGGGUCCGUUUGACCUGGUGAUUGGAGGAAGUCCCUGUAAUGAUCUGUCCAUCGUCAACCCCGCCAGGAAGGGACUCUUUGAGGGUACUGGGCGGCUGUUCUUUGAGUUUUACCGGCUGCUCCACGAGGCCCGUCCCAAACCAGACGACCACCGACCAUUCUUCUGGCUCUUUGAGAACGUCGUUGCCAUGGGGAUCAGCGACAAGAGAGACAUUUCACGAUUCCUCGAGUGUAACCCAGUGAUGAUCGAUGCCAAAGAAGUGUCUGCUGCUCACCGCGCCAGAUACUUUUGGGGAAACCUGCCGGGCAUGGGGCGUCCUCUCACAGCCAUGGUGAAUGAUAGAUUGGAACUACAAGACUGUCUGGAGCACGGACGCACAGCCAAGUUUGGGAAGGUGCGUACAAUAACAACGCGUUCUAACUCAGUGAAGCAGGGGAAGGAUCAACACUUCCCUGUUUACAUGGACAACAAGGAGGACAUACUCUGGUGUACUGAGAUGGAGAGGGUUUUUGGGUUCCCGGUCCACUACACAGAUGUGUCCAACAUGAGUCGUCUCUCCAGACAGCGUCUGUUGGGGCGGUCCUGGAGCGUUCCAGUCAUACGACACCUCUUCGCCCCACUCAAAGAGUACUUCGCCUGCAACUAAUACACACACACACAUACACAAACACACACACACACACCUCAACUGAAAGAGUUCUCAGCCUGGAGCCCCGCCCAUGACCCACCGGCCGAUGCCCAACCAGAAAGGUUCCAGCCCCGCCCCGGUGUUAACCAAUCACAAGCCAGGAUACACCCCAACCCUGGUGCUAACCAAUCACAAACUAUACCUGUUAUCCAGCCACAAAACAAUACUCCGACAACAUGGACUGUCUAUCUUCCAGUCUCUCUGUCACUCACACCUCAGAUUCCAUGGUGCUAGUCGACAAAGGUGCUUCAACACUCAGUGGUGCUUAAUCUCCUCUACAUCUCCCUCCUGUUAAUCAAAUCUAUGGUGCUACACACACACACACACACACACACACACACACACACACACACACACACACAUGUCACUACCAGGUCUUUGUUCAGUAGUUUCAUUAGUUUGCAGUGUUUCUUUCUCUUCAGGUAGCAGCUUGUUUUCUACUGCCUCUUAAGUGCAGCGUAGCAGAGGGGUUAGAGGUCAGGGGUUAGAGGUCAGUGUUCUACAGUUAAGUGUUGUGGAGGUAGUUCAGCAUGACGAGUAACUUGCCUGAGACCUGAGGACUCAGGUUAGUGCCCAGAGAGAGCCUAGUCUUUAUUUCAGUGGGCUAACAUGGUCUCGUGGCGCACAGACAAUCCAGGUUUACACAGCAGUCAGUCACACUAGUGGGUUACACAGUUUACUGCACACACACACACACACGCACACACAUACACACACACACAGUUGUGAUGAGCUGUUUCCAACCCUGUGCUCCGUCAUGCGCAAACACAGCUGUCUCCCAUGGUGCUCGCUUACGGUAACAUGGUUACUAUGGGUUACCAUCAAUUACUAUCUGUCAGUAUAGUGAGUGGUCUGUUGUACUGUAGGGGGAGGGGCUUGGGGGCAGGGGGUGGGAUGUUUAUUUGUUGUUUGAUGUGAUUUACUGGUGGUUAUUUGAUUGACAGGUGAUAAGUCAACGAGGGUAUCACCCUUUGAGAGUUUUAACAGGGUGGAGUCUGAGCAGGCUGUCACACACAGACAUGCACGCUCCUCUCACGGGUGUAAUGAAAUGUGUUUUGAAGAGGAAGGACCGGUGAUGUUUCAAAAGGUGCUCAAAUAAAAAAAAAAUAGAAUAUAUCAGAUCUAUAGUUAGAAUAAGGUUGUCUUUCCAAUGGCUGUAUUUAGUUGUGGUAGAGAGUCAAAGGCAAUAUUAUGUACUCUUGUAUCUUGUAUGCAGAAUAACUAAAGCAGAAUAACUAAAGGCAUUUUAACUUUGUACUUGAACUUGUAAUGAAUAAAGGAUUCAUGUUUUAGCCUAGAGAUAAUGUCUGGCACACUGAUCGUGUAUUAUGGUACAUAUACCUUCCUCCUCCCCAGCAAACCGGGAACAUUCCCAGAACGUUAGCUCAGAUUCCCAUUAAGUUCUAGUUAGGGUUUUAUGUAACAUUAGGAUGAUAUCAUAUAUUUAUUUAUCAAAUGUGUUUUAAGAGGACAUUCCAAGGAUAUUUCAUGUAACAUUUAACAACCACAAUAGAACAUUCCCCAAAAGUUUGUAUGUUUGUAUAAAACAUUUGCAUGAUGUUGCUAGAACGUUCCUAUAAACAUAUGUAAUGUGUUCUUUAAAAGGUUCCCAGAAUGUUUCCUUAGGUUGUGGGAACAGUCUGGUGGGAACAUCACAAUAUAUAUGUUCCAAAACUGUCCCGUUGUGUUGCUGAUUCUACAACUUUUCUUUUACAGUGCCAAAAACAUUCACCUGGUGUUACAAGAACGUUCCCAGAACACAUUUAGUCUGUUCUUUAAUGGUUCCCAGAAUGUUUCAUUGGGUUGUGGGAACAGUCUGGUGGGAACAUUGUAAUAAUCAGCUUGGAUUGUAAACUAUGCUACCAUAUAAAAUAAAUACUGUUUUCCUAUGA